AAAAUGCCGGCGCCGAAGCGAAAGUCCGAGAACGGGAAAACAGCUGCAGUUGGUAAAAAGGCGAAGGGUGGGAAGGAAAAAGCCGAAGCAGAAGAAACUAAAGUCUACACUUUGCAAAUUAGCAAAGGCAAAGGGGACCCGAAUCAAUCAGAAACUGGAAUUUUAAUAUCCGGUUUGAUGGUGUCUGAGCAUAUUGGUCGCGUAAGAGAUGGAGUAAGCAGCCAAUGUCUAUUUUUACCUCACAGAAUUUCUGGAUUAAAUUCAGUUAAAAUUGACCAAAUCGUAUCUCAUUGUUCUGCGGCUCACGCUGUGUUAAUAUCGAGCAAUAACGAAGUGUUUGUGAUGGGAAGAAACGAAAAUGGUCAGCUUGGCAUUGGAAAAGAAGGAAAGGGAACAGAUGUUCAGUUGCCUACCAAACUUGAUCAGAAGUUGUUUGAUGACCAGAAGAUAUCAAAUGCAGCUUGUGGUAAAGGACACACUUUGUUUCUGUCAACAGAAGGAAAUGUUUUCGCGUGUGGCGAUAAUUCUCAAGGUCAGCUUGGGAUAGGCGGUUCCCUUACAAGUAUGACUCGGCCAAAGAAACUGAGUUUUGAGCCGACAGUUAAAAUCGUCGCUUGUGGUCAAGCAUUUAGCAUGAUCGUAGAUAUUGCAGGCGGUCUUUAUUCGUUCGGUUUCUCGGAGUACGGGCAACUGGGCAAUGGUUCAGAUGGAAAAACUCUCGGAAAAGCGAACAAGUAUGUUUUCAACAACGCACUGAAGCCAGAAAGAGUGAUCAGAUUUGUCAUGAAAGGUGAGAACGUCAAAGAAAUUCGGGAUGUUGAAGACGUAUCGAUCAAAAUGGUUGCUUGUGGCUACAAUCAUACGAUUGCGUUGGACACUGAAGGACGCAUAUUUACCUGGGGAUGUGGCUUUUACGGCCGGUUGGGACAUAACAGCACUGUUGACGAGUACUAUCCUAGACAAAUCAUCAGCUUCUUACAUUUCAAGACAUGUGAAAUAACAGGUAUUCAAGCUAGUUCAACGUACACUCUUGUAAGUAUGGCCCACAAAAUGAUGUAUUUGUGUGGUCAAAUAAAAUCUUCAUCGAGCGCAGCUGAAAUGUACUUCAAACCUGUCAUGGAUAUUUCUGGAUGGCGAGUGGACAGUAUUGGCUGUGCGAAUAAAUCGAUCCUAAUUGUUGCCGACGAGAAAGCAAUUGCAUGGGGUCCUUCGCCUGUAUACGGCGAACUGGCCCUGGGCGAUGGAACCGACGGAAACACGAAGUCUUCGGCUAAUCCCAAAAUCAUUCCAACUUUGGAGAGGUUCGUGAACAAAAAAGUGGCUUGUGGAAAUAUGUUCACGAUUUUCAUGGUCGACUUGAGCAGCAAAAAGGAAAACGAAGAGGAAAAAAGGAAAGAAUUUGAAGAAAAUGUGAAAAAGUUUAACGAAUUUCCGCUGUAUUGCGGCUUUAAAGAAUAGCUGACUGUUUUUAUCGUAUGAUUUCAAUUGUCGUUUUAUUGUUGAAAGUCUCGUAAUAAUUCCGAUUUGAUCUCGUGAAUUUGAAUUUGUGCAAUAGAUCUUUUCUCAAGAGAAUUUUACCAGUGACCUCUAUUUAUUUCGUCUACAAUUGUAA